CACUAUAUCGUGAAUUUGGUUUGCCAAUAAUUAAUUGGAAAAAAACUUGGUUUCGCAGUGCACCAGAAGGAAUAUUCUUAAUUGAUCUUGGUUUACGUGAAUAUCCCACGCUUAAAACUAUCCUAGAAUUAGCCGCAUCAUCUGAACCAACGAUUCGAGAAAAGGCUCUUAAAUAUUUUAUUGAUAAUUUUAAUGAAAAAUAUUCUAGAAGUUAUGAUCCAGCCAAGACUAAAGUUGCCUUUUUACCCUGUUUGAGCCCGGGUAGUUACGCAAAGCCUUUAGAGUGUUUUAUUAACCCUGAAUGUACGAUCAUGAACUUCCAAGCUGUACGUCAAGAUUUACGGUUUAAAGUGCCACAGCUUGGUGUUCGUCAAUAUCCUAGUAUUGAAGAACUCAAAAGUAUGUUAACUAAUUCUCCACCGCAAGAUGUGAAUAAGGCGAAAGAAAUCUUUGAAUUUCUGGCCUCACAACGGGGAAGCUUUAAUUGGACGAUUCUUGCUAGUUACAAUUUUAUUCCAAUUGAAGAUAAAACUCGACCUAGUGGAAUAAAUCGUACAAAUCCACGUAAUUGCUACCUUAAUCGUUUUGAUCAAGAAGAAUGUUUAAAUGAUUUUUUUACAUUUAUCGACUUUGGGGAAAAGGCCAAUAAAUUUCUGGAAAGUUGUGGCGUAAGAACCAAACCAUCAUCAGUAGAAAUCGCCGAAUUGUUAGUGAAAUCAUCACGUAAUAUUUGGAAAUCCAUUGGAAAAUAUGAAACAUAUUUAUACAUUUUGAAUAGGAUUGCCGCUGAUUAUCGGUAUACAAUAAUCAAUCAACCAAAUUUGUUUGAAAAGAUGAAGAAGGCACCUAUUUUGGCGGCUAUAAAACAUGAUGGUAAUAAUAUAGAAUACCAAUUGACUUCAGCAAAUAAUAUUUUCAUAAAUGACGACGAAGCAUAUCAAAAAGUUUUUAAACCGCUGAUAGCUCCUGACAAUGACAAUCUGAAAACUAUGUAUAAG